GCGCGCGGCGGCUCAGUCGGGCCGAGGAUGGUGCAGUGGAGGGGAGCGCUGUGCCGUAGCUGAGUCGACCGCACGCGCCGGAGGAGGGUGGACGUGUGGGCGGCGCUCAGAGCCACAGUCCUGCCGGUGACUGCUGCGGAACACCACCGCCCGACGGCAGGAGUGGGCGUCGGCAGCUGAACACGUCACCUCCCCACCGUAGCCGACCUUGACUCCGCUGACGUCAUCAUGCAGACUACACUGACCUCUCUGCUUUGGUCGUUGCCACCUCGGCCGUCGCCAGAGCUCAGAAUCCACCUCUGCCCGUCAAAAGUCCUGUCACGGACGUGCGGAUUGAGUGCAACAGCAACGACAUCAUCGUGUCCAUCUUCACCAGCAACGCCUUCAACGGCAUGAUAUACCCCAAGGGCCUCUCGAAGAACUCGUCUUGCAUGACUGAGUACACGUCCAAGGCAGCCCCGGUUCAGUACAAGCUGCCGCUCCGCAGCUGUAACACCAUGAGUAUUGAAGAGGAUCAAGACAUCGAGUACUUCAACACCAUUGUGGUGCAGCCGCAUCGGAAACUGGUGACAAACCAAGGACGCGGUUACCAUAUUCGCUGCAAGUACCAGACCAGGGAGAAGGCCGUGGGCACGAACUUCAACGUUAGCGGCGAGUUUCCAGAGCUGCGCGAUGGAGCGAGCCAGCUGGGCACCACUCCGCUGACAGCCACCGCCCCCAUGCCGAGCUGCACCAUGCGCAUCUACUCCAACUCCGAGGAGAAGACGGUGGCAGAGAACGUCAAGAUCGGCGACCCGCUGACGCUGGACAUCGCCAUCGACGAUCAGGACAUCUACGGCCUGAAGGCGGUCGACUGUAUCGUGCGCGACGGGCUCGGCUGGGGCGAACAGCCCCUCAUCAACAAGGAGGGCUGCCCAGUCGACUAUGAGAUUAUGGGGCCGUUCACCUACAGCGAGAGCAAGACCAGCGCCAAGGUCAACUUCCAGGCGCACAAGUUUCCCUACACGGCGUCGGUUUACUACCAGUGCAACGUUCGGCUGUGUUUGAAGCACACUGGAGGAUGCGACGAUGUGCCCCCCGUCUGCGCGGACGGCACGAACCUGCGCCGCCGCCGCCGCGCCGUGGAGAACGCCACCGUCACCGACCUGGAGACGGACGAGGAGCCCGUCAUAGAGGUGUUCAGCGGCCUCUACGUCAACGAGGGCGAGGAGCUGCCCGAGGACGACCCCGCCAACCGGCCGUCGCGGAGAGACCUGGAUGAUGACGACAUCCUCUGCAUCUCACCGCGGACGUUCGCCAUCGCCAUCGCCAUCGUCGGCCUGCUGCUGAUGAUCGCCGUCGUCGUGGCCAUCAUGGUCAUCAUCAGCCGCCGCCGCCGCCGCAAGGAUCUCUCCACCACGGGCAGCUCCAUCUACUCCGGCCCCUACACUAACACCGCUUACUCGCACUCCAGCUGAGCGGCGCGGUCGGCGGACGUAACGCCAUCUAUACAAGUGGCUGGCGUCGUCUAUAUAGAUGGCGCUAGUGCGGAAGACUGCCGCGCAGGUGGCAUCAGUGUGACGGGCGGCGGCGCGCUGUUCGCGUCGACCUCCGAAGCGUGCGUGGAUGCCCGCUCUCGUCUGCGUGUCGUGUCUCUUGAAUAACGGAGCCCAGACAGGGGUUCAACGUCGGCGUGGGUGUCACGUCACGUGCCCUGCGCCGGUCGUUUGUCGUCAACCGGUGGCUGGCCUGCGCGGACUGGCCACUGGCUGACGCACGCGAACGGUCAUCUCUUCCGUGUGUGGAUGGGGUGCGUUUGCUCCCAGCUGGGCUCCCUCGUUCUCGAGACACCGCUGAAUGUCCUGACGAAGUGCCGCUGUUGUGAGUUGGCGGUUGUGCCGGCAGGUCGGACCUGCGCUUGCUCUCUGGCCGGCGAUACUCAUGGCGGUGAACAGGGACAAUGGCCUCUGCCAUCGAAUGACAGUGAAACUGUUAAAUUGCGUUGGAUAAGUUCGAUGAUGCGUACGUAAUGGGGAAUAUGUGUGAUGAAAGGCGCUACAGUAUUUAGCCACUGCUGGAAUGACCGAAAUACAAUUUUUGGUGGCAUUUAAUCAUAUUCUUUCGCCCCUAAAUAUCUCAAGGACGAUUGCGGGACGUCGUCUGCUAAAUCAGACACUGUUACUGUUCUCAUGUUCUUUGUUUACGCAUGUACGCCAAAGAACGGGCAUCGAAGAGCGAAAGAACAUUCGCCGCUCCUGUAGUUGUCUCACUGUAGAUAUUCAUUUGCCUAAUAUGUUGAAUAAACGAUUUGCCCUUUU